CCUAUAAAGUGGGAUUAAUUACCAUCUCCGCUUUCAUUGUUGUAUAGACUCCAAACUACUACUCCACAUCAACGACGAGUGGACAGAGCAACAUAUAAAUCAAAGGUAUUUUGUUAGCCAUAUUGACGAAAUAACCGUAGCAUAGCACAAAAGGAUUUAGAGGAAUUUCUCUUGGGAAAAGCAUCAGAACGAAAGUCGCUAUCAUCUUGGCCGCCGGGUUGUUUGUCCUUUUGAUGAUUACCUCCAACAGAGGCAAAAUCGUCUGAACUUUGCAUUGAGUUUGUUGAACAUUCUGCCUUGCAAUGGGACUGUUCAGGAAUACUGAGCCUACAUGUUAGAGACCAGAAUGAAGGCCCAUCUCGCGGCAUCGCCUACCACCCUUGCAGCCUCUCACUUGGGGAGGAUGGAUGCGGAAGCAGCCUCUCUGUCUCUCUCCUCCACGGUGGCAGGGCCCUCCACACUGUGGCGUCUCGCUGAGCGGAAGAGUAGGAAGGCUGGCUCAGGGAACAUCUUUGGCGGAGUGAACCUGCGUCAGCUGCAGAGGCUGUUCACGGCAGCUGGGGACCAGGAUGCAGAGCAGAGGGCUGAGCUGGUGUGGGGCCACGGGGACGAGGCUGAGCUGGCCCAGGCCCUGAUAGGACUGAGGGCGAGGGGCCGACAGAGAGGACUCAGGGUGGAGGGGCGAGGCACACUGGGGUCGCGCUGGCUCCAGGCGUUUAAUCAUCUGAGGAUUGGUAAGAGUUCAGAGAGUAGUCAGCAGAGCGAAGAGCAGUCAUCAGACAGCAAGACUGAGGCAAGAGCAAAACACAGCAGCCCAGAUACACAGCCACUGACUCAUAAGGGCCCCAGAGACGCUACAGGAGUCAGAGAGGACCUAACUGAGGGCCAAGGGCCUGCAGGGGCCUCUGAGAGACCAGCCAGACCAGGAGCUCUACUGAAGAAAGGAGUGGAAAGCGACCCGGAGAGGUACCUCCACCGCAUCCUCCACUGAUGGACACAAAGGACUAGGAUGACUUUGUUGCCCCUAGAUCCCUUCCCCCACUAAUCAUUCAUGUGUGUAUUAGGUGAUGGUAAACUGAUCCUAGAUCUGUGGUUGGGGAAAACUACUACGUGGAGUAAUGACCAACCCUAGUUCAGAGAGUGACAGUCAAAGAUACUAUAUAUUUUUACCUCUGUCCAACCAAGAUCAGAUGAAUGAAGAACAAACUGGAUCUACAAGAUGGGGGAACACUUUGAUAUGAUAUUCUAACAUUUCAUUCUCUCUCAGGAACUGGCUAAUCUGUUCUUCUGCUUGUCUCGUGUCUCUUAAGAGCAUCACGUAUUAGACCUUGGAUUCAUACAAAGGAUCAAGGAAAGAGGUUUCGACUGUGUGGGAUAUAGCCGAGAACUUCGGGAGAGCUCAAUUCCACCUGGACUUGUUUUUGAAUAAAGUAUUUUGGUCAUUUGAUUCUCCAAAUUAGACAAAUGUGCCAAGGUGCAUCCUAAAAAGAAAGGAAAAUAAGUUGAUGUCAACUGGAAAGGAGAUAUUUUGAAGAAGUCAACAUUUCGACCAGGGUUGUGGAACUCAUUCCAUACAGGGACAAGUGUCUGCUGGUAUCGUUAUUUCCUUUUCAAUGUGUAAAAACAGAAACCGCAGGGGUUCAAAUUUUAGAACCCAGUUCCUACAUUUGAAUAUGGAAAUUGAUUUUAUCAAACAAAACUAUGCUACAUUUUAUCUCUUGGACCUUCAGGAUGACAAACCAGAGCAAGAUUACUGAAUGUAAAUAGAUUCACCUCUGAAGGUAAAUAAUGUAUCAAACCAAGUGCUGUGCUGAAAGUUGGCUGUUACUUACGUCAUUCUAGUCAGAUUAGCGCACGUUCGCAGCAACCGUCCCGGUAUAAGGACACCGAUCUCAGAGGUUAAAGGGCCAGAUGCACAAUUAAAGGGCAAUUACACUCAAAUCAAUUUGUUAGUUUCCUUCCAGACCAAAAAUUAAUGCUAUUCUGAUGUGAUUUAAGCAUUGACAUGGACUCAGAACAUCCAAUUUUGAUGUUUCUCUAAAACAAUUUAAUUGUGAGAAAUUCAAAACAGGAAAAAUAAAACAUAAUUUGGGGGGGGGGGGGAUUUGUUUUUGGACCCCCACCCCUUAGUUGUUUUGUUAACCAUUCUUUUACCAGCUAUAUUGACAGAACACUGCACUACUUUCUCUUGUACACUAAGGACCAGAGGAAGAGUUUCAGGGGAUAAGUUUCCUAUUCGAAAGCUUGAUUAAAAAUGAGUAGCUGGUAACUUUUUUAUUUUUUAUAAAUGGUUCUCAUGCUAGACAAGGUUGGCAAAAACUAGGGUAAAACGCUGGGCCCUAGAUGUAGCCUACGAGGACACAUUUUCUUGGUCAGGUGACAGGAAACUCAUGGCCCAACUUCAAUAUGUUAAUGUUGCCUUUAAUUUGACACUACAGUAUAUGGUCUUCCACACAUACAGUAACGGAACUUUUGACAUUCAUUGAUUUAAAUUAUUUUUAAAUCUAUAUUUCUACAGGUGAAGUUUACAUACACCUUAGCCAAAUACAUUUUUAACUCAGGUUUUCAAAAUUCCUGACAUUUAAUCCUAGUAAACAUUCCCUGUCUUAGAUCAGUUAGGAUCACCACUUUAUUUUAAGAAUGUGAAAGGUCAGAAAAAUGGUACAGGGAUUUUUCAUUUAUUUCUUUCACGUUCCCAGUGGGUCAGAAGUUUACAUAUACUCAAUUAGUAUUUGGUAGCAUUGCCUUUAAAUUGUUUCACUUGGGUCAAACGUUUCGGGUAGCCUUGCACAAGCUUCCCACGAUAAGUUGGGGGAAUUUUGGCCCAUUCCUCCUGACACAGCUGGUGUAGGCCUCCUUGUUCAAACACACUUUUUCAGUUCUACCCACAAGUGUUUUAGCUUUGAUGGCCACUCCAAUACCUUGACUUUGUUGUCCUUAAGCCAUUUUGCCACAACUUUGGAAGUAUGCUUGGGGUGAUUGUCCAUUUGGAAGACCCAUUCGUGACCAAGCUUCAACUUCCUGACUGAAGUCUUGAGAUGUUGCUUCAAUAUAUUCACACAAUUUUCCUCCCUCAUGAUGGCAUCUAUUUUGUGAAGUUCCCCAGUCCCUCCUGCAGCAAAGCACCCCCACAACAUGAUGCUGCCACCCCCAUGCUUCACGGUUGGGAUGAUGUUCUUUGGCUUGCAAGAAUCCACCCUUUGUCCUCCAAACAUAACGAUGGUCAUUAUGGCCAAACAGUUCUAUUUUUGUUUCAUCGGGCCAGAGGACAUUUCUCCAAAAAGUACGAUAUUGGUCCACAUGUGCAGUUGCAAACCGUAGUCUGGCUUUUUUUAUGGCAGUUUUGAAGCAGUGGCUUCUUCCUCGCUGAGCAGCCUUUCAGGUUAUAUCGAUAUAGGACUCGUUUUUCUGUGGAUAUAGAUACUUUUGUACCCGUUUCCUCCAGCAUCUUCACAGGGUCCUUUGCUGUUCUGGGAUUGAUUUGCACUUUUUGCAACUCACAAUCUCUAGGAGACAGAACGCGUCUCCUUCCUGAGCGGUAUGACUGCUGCGUGGUCCCAUGGUGUUUGUACUUGCGUACUAUUGUUUGUACAGAUGAACGUGGUACCUUCAGGCAUUUGGAAAUUGCUCCCAAGGAUGAACCAAACUUGUAGAGGUCCACAAUUUUUUUUACUGAGUUCUUGGCUGAUUUUCUUUUGAUUCCCCCCAUCUCAAGCAAAGCAGCACUGAGUUUGAAGGUAGGCCUUGAAAUACAGCCACAGGUACACCUUCAAUUGACUCAAAUUGCCAAUUAGCCAGUCAAUUAGUCAAUUAUCAGACGCUUCUAAAGCCAUUACAUAAUCUUCUGGAAUUUUCCAAGCUGUUUAAAGACACAGUUAAUUUAGUGUAAUGUAAACUUUUUUGACCCACUGGAAUUGUGAUAAAGUGAAAUAAUCGGUCUUUAAACAAUUGUUGGAAAAAUUACUUAUGUCAUGCACAAAGUAAUGUCCUAACUGACUUGCCAAAGCUAGUUUGUUAACAAGUAAUAUGGCAUGGUUGAAAAAUAAGUUUUAAUGUCUCCAACUUAAGUGGAUGUAAACUUCUGACUUCAACUGUGUGUAUAUAUAUCAAAGAUGUGAUUGCAUAGUUUGAUUAAAGGUGUUGAUAAAUA